AUGGUCAGAUCCAUGGGUCCCAUUCCCAUGCAAGUCCUGACGACCUUACUCUUGCCACUUGCCUCACUGCUCAGCUGCUCAUCGGCGGCGGCGCCGCCGCCGUCCGGCUACCGCUUCACGCUCACCCACGUCGACUCCAAAGGUGGCUACACCAGUGCCGAGCUCCUGCGCCGCGCCGCGCACCGGAGCCGCCACCGCGCCGGCAUGAUGCUACCAGGUCACUCCUACUCCACGAUGUCCUCCAGCUCAGACACCCGUCCCACCAGGCUCCGGUCGGGCCAGGCCGAGUACCUCAUGGAGCUCGCCAUCGGGACGCCGCCGGUGCCGUUCGUCGCGCUCGCCGACACCGGCAGCGACCUCACCUGGACGCAGUGCCAGCCCUGCAAGCUCUGCUUCGCGCAGGACACGCCGGUCUACGACCCCGCCGCCUCGUCCAGCUUCUCCCCGGCGACCUGCGCCAGCGCUGCGUGCCUGCCCGUGUGGCGCCGGAACUGCUCCGCCGCCGCGCCGUGCAGGUACCGCUACGUCUACGGCGACGGCGCCUACUCCGCCGGCGUCAUGGGCGCGGAGACGCUCACCUUCGGCGCCGGCUACGGCGCCGCCGUCUCCGUCGGCGGCAUCGCGUUCGGCUGCGGCGUCGACAACGGCGGCCUCUCGUACAACUCCACCGGCACGGUCGGCCUGGGCCGGGGGAGCCUGUCGCUCGUGGCGCAGCUCGGGGUCGGCAGGUUCUCCUACUGCCUCACCGACUUCUUCAACACCAGCCUUGGCAGCCCGGUCCUGUUCGGCUCCCUCGCCGAGCUGGCCCCCGGCGCCGCCGCGGCGCAGUCGACGCCGCUCGUGCAGAACCCCCGGUUCCCCUCGUGGUACUUCGUCUCCCUGGAGGGCAUCUCGCUCGGCGGCGCGCGCCUGCCGAUCCCGAACGGCACCUUCGACCUUCGCGCCGACGGCUACGGUGGGAUGAUCGUGGACUCCGGCACCACCUUCACCGUCCUCGUCGAGAGCGCCUUCAGGGCGGUCGUCGGCAGCGUGGCCGGCGCGCUCGGCCAGCCGGUGGCGAACGCCUCCAGCCUGGACAGCCCUUGUUUCUCGGCCCCGCCCGGCGCGCAGCGGCUCCCGGACAUGCCGGACAUGGUGCUACACUUCGCCGGCGGUGCGGACAUGAGGCUGCGCAGGGACAACUACAUGUCCUUCAACCAAGAGGAGGCGGCGUUCUGCCUGAGCAUUGCCGGGACGGCGUCGUCGGUUUCCGUGCUCGGGAACUUCCAGCAGCAGAACAUUCAGAUGCUGUAUGACAUCACCGUAGGCCAGUUGUCGUUCGUUCCAACCGACUGUAGUAAGCUCUGA